AUGAAGUACAGGGGUCCUGGUGUGGCACUGGGCUCCUCCGGGUGGGACUGUCUUCGUGCAGGGGACACCUGCUCCAGUGACGACAACUGCAGCCCUCGCCUCCGCACCCUCCGACAAUGUGUGGCUGGAGACGGCAGCGUUAAACUGGGCCCCGGGGCCAGGAGCCAGUGUGAGAACGCCAUGACGGCUCUACUGGCCACGCCCCUCCAUGGCUGUCAGUGCAAACGGGGCAUGAAGAAGGAGAAGAACUGCCUGAGCAUCUACUGGAGCCUGCACCAGUCUGGACUCGUGCUGCACGGUCUGAGUCUGGUGGAGGACUAUCCCUACGAACCAGAGGAGAGGGGCUCUGACUACGUGAGACUGGCCUCCAUCGCAGCAGAGUCGGAGGUGACAACAGUAAACCGGUGUCUGGACGCAGCCAAAGCCUGUAAUAUCGACGAGACGUGUCAAAAGACUCGCACGGAGUAUGUGUCUGCGUGUAUCCAGCCCUCGGCGCGCUCCGGGCCAUGCAACCGGCCGCGCUGCAGCAAGGCGCUCAGGAAGUUCUUCGACCGCGUGCCUCCGGACUACACCCACGAGCUGCUGUUCUGCCCCUGCACCGACACGGCCUGUGCGGAGCGCCGCCGCCAGACUAUCGUCCCCACCUGCUCUUUCGAGGAGAAGGAGAAGCCCAACUGCCUGAGCCAGCUGCGCGUGUGCAAGGCCGACUAUGUGUGCAGGUCUCGCUGGGCUCAGUUCCAGUUCGAUUGCCAGCCCUCGGACCUCAGCUCCAGCGGCUGCAAACAGGAGAACUAUGGAGCCUGUCUCUUGGCAUACACCGGACUCAUAGGAAGCACCAUCACUCCAAACUACCUGGAUAAUUCCACUUCUAACGUGGGGCCAUGGUGCUCCUGUGCUGCCAGCGGAAACCUCCGGGAGGAGUGUAACCACUUUCUGCACUUCUUUCACAACAACAUGUGUCUGAGUGAGUAA